UCCGACAGAGGUUGAACAAAAUCAUUCCUACCAACAACAGUGCUCGCUUGGCUUCUCCGUCCCGUUAAGCGCGCUCCGUCCCCCUAAAUCCACUCCACCGCCUGCUGUACCCUUUUCUAUAUACCGUCGUUUCCAGAACUUUCUGAUGAAGAAUUCCAACAGAAGCGGAGCCACAGCCGGAGAUCCGGUGGAGAAGGGGGCGCCUCUGAGCCAGAAGGCCGUUAAAGUCGUCGCUAACGUCUGCUUCGGCUCCUUCGUCCUUGCCGUCCUCGUCUUCACCAUCGUCGCCAUCACCUACCAGCCCCCUGAUCCUUGGCUCGAUUCGCCUAAAGCCCUCAUCGCCAAGUCUCUCGACGCCGUCCUCCCCAACGCCACCUUCCGCACCGACGACUCCGUCAUCCGCACUGGCGAGGACCUCGCCGUUGACAACUCCUCCUCCGACAUCGCCACCACCCCACCUCCAUCCACAGGGAUCUCCACCUCCGGAUGCGACUCCGAUUCCCCUCUCAAUUGCUCCGACCCCCGCGCUCUCGACGCGAUCCGCCGCUUCAACGCUCGGAUCUUUGGCCGGUCCAUCGUGUUCCUCAGCUACGACACGCCCGUCACCGGAUCCAACCCUGGAGAAUGCGACGCCGCCUGGCGAUUCCGCAACCGCCACGAGAAGUCUUGGCGGCGCUACAGGGAUUAUCGCCGUUUCCAUCUCGCCUCCGCCGAGAACUGCAGUUACGAGGUCGAUUCCGCGGGCAAGUUCCGCUCCGGCGUCAACGCUGCCCCCAAGUCCUCUCCGCGGCGCUGGUCCCCGUCGUCGCGUGCCCCUCCUGCGCAGAUCCCUGAUGCUGAUAUCAAUGACACGAUCCCAGAGCUCGGAUCGGAUUUCCAGAGAAGAAGAUACAUCUACUACACUCGUGGCGGGGAUUACUGCAAGGGAAUGAAUCAGUAUCUUUGGAGUUUUCUCUGCGCCCUCGGAGAAGCCCAGUAUUUGAACCGGACGUUCGUGAUGGAUCUAAACAUCUGCCUGGCUGCCACUUACAAUCCCAGUGGCCGUGAUGAUGAGGGCAAGGAUUUCAGGUACUAUUUCGAUUUCGAGCAUCUUAAGGAGUCUAUAUCGUUGGCGGAGGAGACUAAGUUCUUGAGAGACUGGCGCCGAUGGGAGCGUGCUUCCAGCAAGAUCACCCUCCGCAAGGUGCCAACAUAUAAGGUCACUCCGAUGCAGCUCAAGGAGGACAGGAGCACCAUCAUCUGGAGGCAGUUCGAUGGGCCAGAGCCUGAAAAUUACUGGUACCGCGUGUGCGAGGGCCGGUCAGCUAAAUUCAUUCAGAGGCCAUGGCAAGCCAUUUGGAAAUCCAAGCGGCUGAUGAACAUAGUGUCCGAGAUUGCAGGGAAGAUGGAUUGGGACUAUGAUGCGGUACAUGUGGUCCGGGGAGACAAGGUGAUGAACAAGGAGCUGUGGCCCAAUCUGGAUGCAGACACAUCUCCAGAAGCAUUAGUGAAGAAGUUAACUAAGGUGAUCGGGAAACAGAAGAAUCUAUACAUUGCCACUAAUGAGCCAUUCUACAAUUAUUUUGAUAAACUUAGAUCUCACUACAAGGUGCAUUUGCUUGACGAUUAUAAGGAGAUGUGGGGCAACACAAGCGAGUGGUACAAUGAGACCAUGGCGCUACAUAAUGGGCUCCCGGUGGAGUUUGAUGGGUAUAUGAGGGUGGCAGUGGACACGGAGGUGCUUUAUAGAGCAAAGAAUCGUGUGGAGACAUUCAAUAAUCUAACCAUGGAUUGUAAGGAUGGUAUCAAUACAUGCUAAGCAUUGACAUGAAAAAAGAAUGGGAGGCUGAGAAGAAUGUGGAUAUGCUUCUUUUUGUCUAGAUCCUUGUCCAGAUAAUUCCAACUCAACGUAAAGGGUCCUCCGGUGUCUCCUGGAAGUGAUCACGGGGAAGCCUAAUUUUGUCAUUCACGCAGCCGAAGUAGUUAAUUUGUGUGAGUUGCAUAAUUAAUUCGGCCGAAGUUGUGUUUCUGGCUGACUGCACGUAAUAAUGCUCCUAUUACGCACGCACAAUCUUCUUUUCCACAUGGCACCCUAUUAAUUGUAGUCAUGGAGUCGCAGCCGAGGACAGAUCCUCUAGUCCGUAAUUUGUGGAUUAGGAAAUGGUCCACUAUUGUAGACCCUUGAUUUGGAUGAAUCCUAUCAAUUUAAAGGUGAGUUCUAUCCAAAUCAAUGAUCCUUAUACAGUGGACCAUCCUCUGGUCUAUAAAUUGCGGACCAGAGGAUCCCUACUGGUCACAGCCAACUUGCACUUCUCUUUUAUCAUUUUUUUAGUUGGUACCAAUAUUAUCAAAAUCGUGAAUGAACUAGGAAACUCAUCUAAAAUGUGAGUUUAUUUA